AUGUGUGGACCUCCGCUUCCAUCUAUUCCUGACCCAACCACCAUCAUUACUCUCCGUAAGCCUGAAUUAUCGUCUCCAACCGUUGAUGACAAUAUCUCGGGCAAACCCUCCACGAACCCCCUACCCCUUCCCGUCACAACCACUUCGGAGCAUUGGCUGUCAGAACGCACAAAAGUGUCCUCCAUCUCAUCACACGCGUUCAUCACAGCAGGUCCCCCGGUCUUGACAUUACCAAGUAACCGCGUCACUACUGCCCCCGCCUCCGGCGACGGUACUGGCCAUGUUACAACGAUUGCCAAUAGUCAGCUGACGACUGGCAAUUCGGAGAAGUCAUCGGAUGCCAGCCGUGAUAGCCCAGAUGGAGAUGCCACCAUACCAAACACGCACAUUGUCUCCGUUUCAUCCGAGCCCUCCCCUGCCACCACUUUGCCUGGUGGCCUGGUGACUACCAUUCCUUCCACCAAUAUUUUCUCGACAGGAACAGAUCUCUCCGAGACAACCCACAAAUCUAUCACUGACUCUCUCGGGGGUGAUGAUAGGAGUGUCACUACAAUAGUGACCCGCAGUACUAACGGCCGUGGUCCCGCGGCUUCGACUUCAGAUCUAAGUCUGCCCGGAAAUGAAACUCUUACACCCAUCUUAGGUCCGACUGGCACUUUCUCGACAGCACUGACCAAAACAGACAGUCCCAUCACGACACCUUUCGCAACCGGGACACUAGAUUCCGUUCUUUCGUCUCAAGGUGUAACUGAUAGUGAGGAUCAAAGCCAAGACCCCAGUUCCAUUGCGCCUGUUCCACCAACAUCGGUCGACCCCGUCCCAGACACUGAGCAGUCGAGUCAUGCAGAGGCCACCAAGUCAAAUGAUCCCCUUCCUACUUCUCCAAUCACUAAGGAACGACUUACUACAGUCCCUGAGUCAACCGCCAAUCCCAUAACCACAUUACCCAAUGGUCAGGUUACGACUCUACCCAGGCAUAGUAACAGUGAUGUCACAAAAGCUCCAGAGUCCACUGAAACAACCGGAGUCGUUCCGGUUAUUAUCCCAAUCACAACACCAGUACCCGAUCCAGAGAGAAGCGAUAAUGGUAUCAAGAUUCCCUGCGACAUGUGGUUCUUUGAUCUAUGCCUCGCUCCCAUUGGGGGAUGGAGCUUUGUGCUUCCUCCUGGCACUCAUCCACCUGGCCCCCCUCCUAUUAUCAAGAUCGACCCCACCGCACCUAUCAAGGUAGAUAUCACGGGGUCUAUCCCUUGGCCCGGAUUCACUAUUGACCCCGCCGGCAACCCAACAUUCUCCAGCAAGCCGGAUGACUGCAACACUGAGUCAGCUGAGAUGCUCACGUGGGAGGAAUGGGACAUCGAUGAGUAUUCAGAAGCACAGCUCAACGACAUAGCGGAUGCAGCACAAGCUCGUCUUGAUAAGAAGUUUGGCAGAUUCACGUCUCCUACAUCCCGAGUCACAACGACCGAAGCUACAACGGAGGCUUUCCCCACACUCACUCGAGCUCCUUCUAUUGGUGUUCCAACAUCGUCCGGCCUCUCUUGUGCUUCGACGGCCACUUACACAGAAUGUGCGGGCUCUGGUAACCGAGAAGCAUGUGUCGAGAAACCCAGUUGUGCAUCUUGGGUCAACACAGCAGCUGUUACAAUGACGACACCGGAGAUAACACCAUUCUGCGAUGCGGGCUACGAGACAUACUCGGCGACUGCUCAUGCAGCGAUACCAACUCAAGGCGGCCCCCUGAAGUUCUUCAUCCCUAUUUCGGAUGAUAAAGGGUCAGACUGGGACUUUGUGAUUGACGAUGAUAAUGUUAAAGAGGCCGUCAAGAGUUGGAAGAUCGGGAACGACGAUGACGAUAGCAUUGAGAGUGGAGAUGGCGGAAAGGGUCUUGAGAUCAAGUGGAAAGUUCCCGAGGAUUCUAGUGGAACUUAUGUUGAGCUUCUAUUCGGAGCCUCAGAUGUUGAUGAGACAAGGUUCGCCUUUACCGCAAAGGGCGGUAUUGUUGCUUGUAUGCCCAACUGCAAAGACGAUGCAACGACAACAACAGAUGCCGACGGUAUGGUGUGCACCCACUUUCCCUGCCACUCUCCCAACUGCGAGCAAGGACCCGCUCCUGAACCCCAAGCUGCCUGCGAGUUAGUUGAGGACGGACUUGCCAUUCCCCUCUUCUACACUGUCACCAUUGUGGCGAACGGCUACAGCUGGAUAGAUGACGAUGGGAAGAAGCUGAAGAGUGAAGAAAAGGGCUGCGGGGCGAUGACGGACUGGCAUUCUAGUGAGAUCGAAGUUGAGACAGGGGAUGGCUGGACUGCGCGGCAUAGGUUUACUUUUACCUUGCCGAUAACGAUCAAAGCGGGCUGUGUAGAGAGGGCAAUCGCAAGUGCCGGAGGGCCCUCGGGUAUUCAGUGUGACAACAAGGAGGGUAACUUGUGGUGA